AUGGCAGUUGAAGCAACGCAUCUAAAUCUUUUUCCGGGCCAACUCGUUCAGGACAGGCACUCCUUCAACCCUUCGAACCAGGGUUCGAACCUUAAUCUUCCGUACAAUUCCCUGAUGGGUUUUGUGGGCGGCCCCGUGGGUGCUUCCUUGCCGGAAUAUCAACUGCUCUACCGUCCGGCGGCGUGUAAUUCGCUUCAGGCGAAGACCUCGGCCAACACCGACAGCGGCCUCACGUGCAACGUGCCGGUCUCGAGAAAGCGUCAGCGUGAUGACUCGCUCAGUCACCUCUACGGCAACCGGCUGCCGCCUUCUCUCGCCACCGGCGAGGACCUCAUGCCGCAACUACAUCAGUGUCAGUUGGAGAUCGACGCCAUUAUAUCCCAACAUAAUAAGAAAAUCCGAAUGGAAUUGGAAGAGAGGCAAAAGCAGCAGACAAGGCUGCUGGCGGCGGCCGUCGGCGAGGGGGCGAUGAAGAAAUUGAGGGAGAAAGACGAACAAAUCCAGAGAAUGGGAAAAUUGAAUUUAGUCCUUCAGGAAAGAGUUAAAAGCCUCUACGUCGAGAAUCAGCUGUGGCGAGAUCUGGCGCAGACUAACGAGGCCGCCGCGAAUUCCCUCCGAAACAACCUGGAGCAAGUCCUCCUCCAUAUCGGCUCGGAGGGCGUAUCGGGCGGCGGCGUCGUCCCGGCCGCCGUGGGCGAGGAGGAGGACGUCGAGUCGUGCUGCGGCAGCAGCGACGGAGGUCACUGCCGGGAGCAGGAAACCUCCGCCGUUGGCGGAGGCCGAAGGGAGAGGAUGUGCAGAAUGUGCGGCGAGAGGGAGCCGUGCGUGCUACUACUGCCGUGCCGGCACCUGUGCCUGUGCGGGCCUUGCGGCGGCGGGUCGCGGCAGCUGAUGGAGUGCCCCGUCUGUAACUCCAGCAUGGACGCAACUCUACACGUCAACAUGACGUCAUCGUAG